UGUCAAAUGUCAAUUUGAAAUUUAACCUCAAUUCCAAUUUGUAAAUAUUUUUAUAGCGUAAUUCGUGAUUUUUUUAAUACCUAAUGCAUUCAAAAUAUUUACAAUGUCAGUCGACACUUAUUUUUGUUUUUGUUGUUUGUCUACAAACGAAUUAUCCUCAAUUUACAGCAAUGACAAUGAUAAAAGCUAUGCCGAACUUCUUAGAGAGUUAUUUUGUAUAAAGAUAUCUUCAGAUGGUCAUGAAGAUGAUGGUUAUAUUUGUGAACUAUGCGCUAAAAGACUGAAACUAGCCUAUGAGUUGAAAACUCAAGUAAUGACAACUCUAAAAAUGUUACAGAAUUAUGGGUUAAUUGAAAUAGAUAAGUCUCUGGAGGAGAUGUGUGUUACAAAAAUAAGUACAAACUACACAGAUAAAGAGGAUAAGUAUGAAUUAGAGAAAGUAUGGCUCGAUCACUCUACAGAGGAUCUGAAAUUGAUAAUUAAUGACUCAAUAAAAGAAGAAAAUGUGGAAGGAACUAAAUUUAAAACUGCUAAAUACACCACAAGGGAGAGCAAUGACAUGUCCACAGCAUCCGUCCCAAACCUUAGGUUGAAAAGGGAGAAAGUUAUAAGUAACAGUAAAAAAGGAAAGAAACAGUGGCAAACAGGAUUCAAUAUAACAGGGGAGGUGAAGUGUGAAGUGUGUGAUACAAAGCUGCCGAAUAUGUAUGUGUACCACACUCAUAUGAACAGCCACUAUCCAAAUCAUAUAUGCGAGGCUUGUGGUAAAGGAUUCCUAACGGAAAGGAGACUAAAACGCCACAUGCCAUCACACAAGCAGGGGUUGUUCAAAUGCCAAAGCUGUGAUGCAGAGUUUACUAACUACAACACAUUGUGUUCACAUAGGCAACGCAAGCACAGCUCGGUGCAGUUGUACAAGUGUCCGCACUGUGGGGAUCGGUUCGCGACGUUCACGCGGCGCGCCCUGCACCUGGCGGCCGUGCACGCCGAGCCCGCCGGCAAGUACGUCUGCCACAUCUGCGAGAAACAGUUUCUCGUCUCUAGUAACCUAAGUGCCCACAUGCGCAAAAAACAUCUAAAAAUCAAACGUCACUUCUGCAACGAGUGUGACGCCGGCUUUUUCCAGAAACAAGAGCUGAUGUGUCACAUGACCGUCCACACUGGCAUCAGCCUGUUCCAGUGCUCAGUGUGCAACAAAGGGUACCGUCGUAAGAAGGCCCUCGAAGUCCAUCAGCGCAUACAUACGAAUGACAAGCGCUUCUCGUGCCCCUUGUGCCCGAAGAGGUUCAUACAAAAGUGCACUCUACAAGCACAUCUUAAGACGCAUGCAACGAAAAAACAGAGUGAAAUAUAGUUUUUAUACUGGAA